CUCCGCCCGCUGUCGGUUGUGGAUGAGUCCUGGGAGCUGCUGGACCCCAGCCCCGAUGUGCACGGCCUCUUCGUGCAGUUCAACCAGGCGCUCUUCUGGGGGCGCCUGGCGGCUGUGGAGGUGUCGUGGAGCCCACGCAUGACCCUCUGUGCUGGAGUGUGUAGAUAUGAAGGAAAAGGUGGAAUGUGUUCCAUACGUCUAAGUGAGCCACUCCUAAAGUUAAGACCAAGGAAGGAUCUUGUUGAGACACUGCUGCAUGAAAUGAUCCAUGCCCUGCUUUUUGUUACUAAUAAUGACAAAGACCGUGAAUCUCAUGGACCAGAGUUCUGCAAACACAUGCGUCGCAUUAAUCGCUUGACUGGGGCCAAUGUCACAAUCUAUCAUACUUUUCAUGAUGAAGUGGAUUCGUACCGCCAGCACUGGUGGCGCUGCAAUGGCCCCUGUCAAAAUAGAAAACCUUACUUUGGAUACGUGAAACGUUCGAUGAAUCGAGCACCUUCUGCACGAGACUUUUGGUGGGCUGAGCACCAAGAGACAUGUGGAGGAACAUUCACAAAAGUGAAGGAGCCUGAGAACUUCUCUAAGAAAUCCAAGGAGAAGACGCAGGCAGCAAAACAACUUCCAAAUUCCAAGUUAAUUAACAAAGGCAAGACACAAACACAUGAUAGGCAAGACCUGAUACCUUUCAGUGGAAAGGGGUAUCGGCUCGGAGGAGAGAGUGGACUCCCAGAAAAAAGCACAAAUUUCAGCAGCAGUAUUAGAAACAGUGAAACACCUGGUUCACAGCAUCGCUCAGCAGUAAGGACAAUACCACUCCCUAAAAAUGAGAUAAAAUUUGAGAAAUCACCCCGUAGUGGCAUCUUCUUUCCACUUUAUACUGAUGAUGCCAGUGAGAAAAUCAACUUAGCUUCAAAGCAUGAGUUUCCUAAACUCUCUGUUGCUAAUACAAAAGCUUACAAGAAUGUUAGUGGAUCUCCUGUUAAAAUUGCUCGUGUUAUGGAUGAAAAAUCAAAUAAAGUUUCUGCAAAUGGCAAGAGGGUUAUGCCGCCUUAUAACAGGACACUGAAACAAAUUUGUUUAGAGCAGACAUCAACAGUUCAGGUUGCAUCUGAGAAAAAAAGCUCAGAGGGUACUAACACACUGCAGCAGUGGUCAGAAAUGGAAGACAGAACUGCCUUUGAAAAUUAUUUCAUUAAAAAAGGGAGUACUGAUGUCACUUUAAGUAUAAAUACACCUAUGGAAACCAAAGCUGAAUCUUCAGUGUCUUCUGCAAGUUCCAGCACUGCUGUAAGGCAGGAUAAAAAAGUCAGUUGUCCCGUUUGCCAGAGUGAGGUUUUGGAGUCUAAAAUAAAUGAACACCUUGAUUCUUGUCUUGCCUAA